AUGAAAAGACGAAAUAUAAUAAUUGGAGUCAUUGUUUCGUUGUUGAUUAUAACAGCGAUUAUAAUUGGUCUUGCUGUCGGAACUAGAAAAUCAAAAUCUAAUAAUCCUACUUCCGAUUCUAAUCCCACAUUCACGACUUGGGAUGGUCAAUCGGUCAAUUUAACCAUUCAAACGAAUUCUAUAUACAAAAAAUCACUUUAUGGGAUUAAUUAUGGUCCUGUCAACGCCACUUGGCCAGAAUGCGGCAAUACCCUUGGUGAUGUCAUUGAAGAUGUUAAAAUUUUAUCACAAUUGACAAAAAGGCAGGUUUUAAUUCGGCUUUAUGGAAUGGACUGUAAUAUGGCGAAUUACACUAUUCUUGCCAUUAAAUACUUACGCGUCGACAUCAAAGUUAUCCCGACCAUUUGGGUUGAUGGUAAUAUGACCACAUAUCAAAGACAACAUGACGAUUUAUUUGCAAAUUUACAGCAGCAUGGUUUUGAUUAUAUUGAAGGAAUUUCUGUGGGAAACGAAGUGAUUUUCCGCAAAGAGGUCUCAACCGAUGACUUAUACAAAAGAAUCGCGGACGUCCGACAAGCGAUCCGUGCGUUACCAAAUGUUCCAAAAGAUCUUCCAGUAUUCACUUCAGAUCUCGGUUCAAAUGUAGGCGAUGUAUUUACUACUGCCGUUGACGCAGUUUUCGCGAAUGUCCAUCCUUACUUUGCCGGUGUUACGGCUGAAGAGGCAACUGCUUGGUCUUUAAAAUGGUUCGAUGAAAAUGAUGUGACAUUUGCAAAUAAGCAAAAGAAACCAGCCGUAAUUGCAGAAGUUGGAUGGCCAACUAAUGGACUUUCGAAUAAAGGAGCAGUCGCAUCAAUACCAAAUUUACAAACUUUUAUCUCACAAUUUAUUUGUGAAGCAAACAAAAAACAAUACAAAUAUUAUUAUUUUGAAACAUUCGAUACACCAUGGAAAACAGAAAGAUUCACUUUAUUGGAAGGAAGCUGGGGAUUGUUUUAUCCGGAUCGUACUUUGAAGCCUGGUCUUACACUCCCUGAUUGCGCCCCAACCGCCCCCGGUAUAAGAAAUUAA